AUGGAUUGUUAUAUACCGUUGGAUUCAACCAUACCGAAUAAUGACUAUGUGGCAUUGAAGGAAUCACAUAGCAAAAGACAAUUUGUUAUCUUUGACGAACAAUUGAAACUAGUAUUACACUCAAAAAAUGAUUUAGAAACUGAUAAAGCUAUUGCCUUAAAAUCGUUCAGUGUAUGGAUUAAUGAUUCGAUGAUGUUGGAAUCGACAGAUAACUCUUUGUUUGAUGUUGAUACCACACAAAACAAUUGGGUCAUGAAAUCAACAGUUUGUGCUGAACAAUUGUUUAGAUCAACAGUCGUAAUGAAUAAUGCCUAUGAUAACCAUAUUAAAUUCAAAUUCCAAUACAGUACUGUAGAUGAUAAAAAUAAUGUCUAUGUAAAUACUAGUAAUAAUAACAAGGUUGAAAGGGAAAAUGCUGUUGAUGAUGAUGAUGAUUAUUUACCCAGUUUUGAACCAAUACAUAUUUGGUCCCAAAUUAAUGAAAAAGAUAAUGAGACAAGAAAUCAAGUAACAGAGGAAGAAGAAGAACAAGAAGAAGAACAAGAGGUAACCAACGAAAACCAAGAAAUUACACAAUCAUCUUCGGGUACAGAGCCUGUCGAAUUAAUCUUGGAAUUCCCAAUAUACUCUUUAUUAAAUAUGAGAUUAAGAAACACAUCAUUAGACAGUAAACAACAUAUUAUUUCAUCAUUAGAUUUCCAAACUUCUAAAGCUGCUACUCAAUUAAAUAACAAAUAUACUACAACGCAGAAGAACAAUAAUUAUAGAGCGAUGGAAUUUAAAUUCGAUGAAGUUCUUUAUGAGUUACUUGAUAGGAAUUCUCAUAUACGAUUGGAUCCAAUCGUCCCAUUAGAAAUACCUUUUACGGCUCACACUCAUGAUAGUUUUAGUAUCUGUUACAAAUUACCAUUAUUGAAAAACUCUUCUAACAACACACCACAUCGUGUUCGUGUCAAGCUUAUCUACAAAGUCAUCAUAUCAACAAACCAAACAUCCCAAACAGAUAAAGUGUUGGAAGUAUGCCUACCAGUACUAACUUCAUGGGAGACUGAUGUUACUAUAAAGAAACCUAUCGACAACAAUGUUCUCUCCAGAGCUACCUCUUCAUCGGUGUUAUCAACACCAAAUUUGGUUUCGAAUAACAAAAAAUUCCCAAGUCUCGCGACUCAUCUCAAUUAUAGCAAUAGUAAUUUUUCAACUAUGAGCAGUGGAAAUCUACUAUAUAACUCUAGUAAUAACUUACAACAAAAUUCAAUGACUUCGUUAGUUAAUAACAAGAUGGAUAAUGUUAAAUUUAAAUUCCUCAAUAAUAAUUUACAAGUGUCAAAAGGUGAGAAAUUCCACAUGCGCUUACAAAUUGUCAAUUCAUCAAAUGUACCAUUAGAUCUAGUGGUAUACUAUAACAACAACAAGAAUUCUAGUUUGGCUUUAGGGUCAGCUGGUGGUAAUAACAAUAAUAAUAACGGUACGAGUGGUAACAAUACAUUCGCUACAUUACCUCCGACAAAACAAUAUCAGAUAUACAGAAAGUUCAGCAAAGUCACCGAAGGAAUUAUAUUACUGUCAAAUGACUAUAAAGUGCCUGUUAUCAAACCUAAACAGACUUAUUUUGUCGAUCUAAGCUUCAUUGCUAUUAUGUCCGGUUACUAUUCCACUCUUUCCGCUUUGAAAGUAUUAGACUUGCAAACCAACGAGCUAAUAGAGGUAGGUUUGGGAGCAUCAAUACUGGUUAAAUAA